AUGAAGUUCUCUUUUGCUUUAUUUGUGAUUGUAGCCUUAUCUUUAUGCGUUACUGUUUCUAUCGCUGUACCAAUCGAAACCGAUACUAUUCAUAAAAGAGGAUCAGAAGAUGACAAGCAUCAUUGCGACGAAAAGGAUGAUGAUUGCAUUCCUAAAAUUCCUAAAUCACCUGAAUCCGGCAAGUUUCCAAAAGAUCCAAAUUCGAUUGAUUCUCCUAAAGAACCAAAGUUCCCAAAAGAUGAUGAGGAUGGCAAAUUACCUAAAUUUCCAAAAGGUGAAGAUGAUGGCAAAUUCCCUAAAUUUCCCAAAAGUGAGGAUGACGGUAAAUUUCCCAAGUCUGGAAAAUUAGUUAAUGAUGGAAAAUUCCCAGAUGAUGACAAAAGCCCCAAGUUUCCAAAAGAUGGUAAAUCUCCUGAUGGUAAAUCUCCCAAAUUUCCAAAAAGUGGUAAAGACGAUAAAGAUGGUAAAUCCCCAAAAGAUGGCAAAUUCCCAGAGGAUGGUAAAUUUCCCAAAUUUCCAAAAGGUGGUCAAGUAGGAAAAGAUGGUAAAUCUCCUAAUUAA